AUGUCUGUAUGGCCAACAAUUUCUCCAAAACCCAUGUCUCUAACUCAAGGGAAAUACCCUCCAAAAAUUCAAAAUGUAUCAGAUGGAGAAACAGUCUAUCAGCAGCGUAUUUUAUUAGUGUAUGGAAAGGCAGGCCCAGAAGCAAUACCAGAUAGUGUGAUUGUGGUUCAUCAUGAUCAAAAUAGCUUUCCGACGCAAUCAUGGCCAUGCACACAUUCACACUUUAAAUGUUUAGUUCACCUGAAUCCGGGCCUUAAUCGUGUAUCUUUUGUCUUUUAUCCGCCACAGAAUAUGUGUAUGCAACCAUCUUCUUCGGUUAUUCUUAUAAAUUAUCUGAAUGUGGUCCAAAAUCCACCUCUUUAUCUUGCAAUUAUAUUGGCAAAGGAUUCCCCAAGAGAAUAUGAUGCACCACCAUUGCGUAAAAAACGUGAAGGCAAUAGACUAGAACUGGCAGUAAAAAAACUUCGAAUGAUUGCAUAUCUCUGGCAGGCAUUUACUGGUGAACAGAUGGCUAGAAAUGGCUUUGAAAGACGCUGUUUUCGCUUUGAGGAUGAAGCAACCUAUGAUACUUUAUCAUAUCGCGAAAAAAACAUCAUACGUCAAACAGCCAAAAUUCAUAUAGUUCAAUCCAAGUACAUGGUCAAAGAAAUUCAAGACAUAGAUUUAGCACAACAAAAUCCCACUGCCAAAAGAUGCCAUGAUCUGUUCGGAAAAGUGGUUUAUGAAAGCUUAAAAGAAUACGGCGGACCUUUUGCAUCACAUUCCCCUGUACACGUCGCCGCAUGCAUCCUAGACAGCCAUUGGGACGGAAAAACCAUUCUGGGCCACGCCGCACUAGGCGGCUACACAGGCUCAAUCCGACUAGCUAUAUUCGGGUCCCAUUCUAUGCACUCCUUCCCCUCCUGCAUGGAGGAAAUAGUACCCACCUUCCUCGACGAUACGCCUAUUGACACAAAGUACGUCGCUAACGACAACAACCAAAGCUCAACAAACUGGGAGUGUGCAAACAUAGGAAUCGGCGCAUUCCUCCAUGAAGUCGGCCAUCUCCUCGGCUGUCCUCACCGGCCCAGCGGGAUCAUGCACCGCGACUACCUCUGCUUCAACAGGUCCUUCUGCACCAAAGAGUCCUAUUCCGUGCGGACAAAAACCCGCCCCUGGGGCCCCUGUCUUCCUGACUCCGAGUGCACCUGGCACCGCCUAGACCUUGUCCGGUUCCGUUACCAUCCACUCUUCGGCCUCCCAAGCGACCCCCCUGCAAAUGACACCAAUCUCUUUUACUACCCCGUCAAGGACGGGCUCCAUGUCGUCUCCUGCGAGGGCGUCGUGCUCAUCGAAAUAUACAUAGGCGACCAUUGCCACGGCCACAUCGAGUUCUGCGACUCACCAAGAAAAGACAUUCUGCUCCGUGAGGCCGCCCUCCGCGACCACGCCAAUCUCCGCCACCGCAAUGAGCCCCUGCGCGUCCUCGUGCUCUCUGCCGCCCUCCGUGAGCUCGUCAUCCACGACUUUGCCGCCGAGCUCUCCUCUUCCUCCCUCCCACUCGCCCUCGGCCUCGGCACCAGGAGCGGUAUCCUCGGUCACCUCAACCCCGCCUUCCCCGAGUCCACUAUCGACUUCUCCGAUCGGCUCCACACACUCACAGAGAUCCGUAUGCCCCCUCCCCUCUCCUCUAACUCUCCCUCCACCAUUCAUCUCACCUGCCCAGGCGUGCGCUCCGGACUGUACAUAGACGGUAUCGGCUUCCUCUUCGCUGACCACUCCUCCACACUCCUCUCGGGCCGCGGCGGCUCCCUUCACGCCUUCCCCAUCGACGGCCCCCGGGGAGAGCGCAUCAGCGCCUUCUACGUGUGGUCCGCCGUCUGGAUCGAUGCGUUGCAGGUCGCCACAAGCUGGGGCCGCACAAGGUACCCCUGUCUAUGGCACGCCCUCAGGAGCCCGGAGCUGCGUCGCGCCACCGCACGGCCACCUCGUUGCCGGUGUCGCCGCGUCAGUCGGGGUACUCAUCACGCUGUCCAGCCUCUACUAACCCAACAGGCCUGGUGCAACACUUUCCGCAUUGUCUAUGUCGAGGCGCACGGCUGUACGGCCAAGUAG